UUUCGCAAACUAGGAUAAUUUCAUCGUUGAUUACAACUGUAUCACAAUCAAAAAAAUUUAGCAAGUAGUGAUUUCAAUUGAAAAAAAGUUAUCAUUUUAAACAAUAAUGACUGGUCGAUGUCUAUCAUUGUCACAUCUAACUUUUUAUGUGACCAACGCUAAACAAGCAGCAGUGAAUUGGUGUAUGCAAUAUGGAUUCAAACCAUUUAGAUUUCGUGGAUUAGAGACUGGACAUCGUCAACAAUGUGGACAUGCUGUUAGCAAUAAUGAAAUUGUUUUGGUAUUUGUUUCACCAUAUGAUUGUACUGAUGAUUCGAUGAAUGCCUACCUGAUUCGGCACGGAAAUUCAGUCAAAGAUAUUGCUUUGAAUGUGGAUUGUUUGUCAAGCAUAAGCGAUCGAAUCAAAAAGUUCGGAUUGCCUAUAAGAGAAUGGACCGAAGAAGAUAGUCAUGGACUCGUUAAAUAUGCACAGGUAAUAGCGUUCGGAGAUACGACUCACACGUUGGUAGAACGUAACAACUAUCCAGGCAAUGAAUUUUUGCCAAACUGGCAUCAAAACCCAUUGGAAUCCCAUCUGACAAACAGUAUUUGGUCCAAAUUGCCCGAUACUGGUUUGAAACGAAUUGAUCAUUUGGCUAUGAGAUUGUUUGAAUGUAAUGCAUUGAAAUUCGGUCAAUUCAAAUUGAAAUCGGGCAUCCAAUCGCCCGUUUAUAUUGAUCUUCGAAUUAUCAUUUCACAGCCUGAUUUGAUGAUCGAUCUUUGCCAACAAUAUGUUCCUUUGAUGAAACAAUGUCGUUUUGACCAGAUCUGCGGUGUCCCGUAUACAGCAUUGACAAUGGCUACUUAUCUGUCAGCUCAAUUUCACUAUCCGAUGUUGAUGCGACGUAAAGAAAUGAAGCAACAUGGAACCAAGCAAACGUUGGAAGGCGUUUAUCAACAAGGCAAUCGCGUUCUUAUCAUCGAAGAUCUUAUUUCUUCGGGUUCAUCAAUUUUAGAAACCGCAUUAGCCUUACGUCAAGCUGGACUCAUUGUAACUGAUGCAAUAGUUUUUAUCGAUCGCGAACAAGGCGGAAUCCAAAACCUUCGACAUCCAGACAUCGAUAUAAAAGUUCAUAGCUGCAUUAGUUUUAGUGAAUUGAUUAACUAUUUGAAAAAUGAGGGUCAUAUAACAGAUGAGAAAUCCACUGAGGUUCUCAAAUGGAUCAAUUCAAAUCAUUGUGCCAUACCUGUUGCUUUGCAUAAUCAGCUUUCAUUGAUCACUCGUCCAUCAUCAUGGAAAAGCUACGAAGAUCGAGCCCGAUUAUGCCAGAAUCCUCUUGGCAAACGUCUGUUUGAAUUGAUGAAGUCGAAACAAAGCAAUCUUUGCGUGUCGGCUGAUCUAACAAAUUGCGAAUCUAUACUGAAAUUAGCGGAUCUCGCUGGUCCACAUAUCGUAAUGCUCAAAACUCAUGUAGAUAUAAUUGAUGAUUUUAGCAUGGAUUUUGCUCGAAGAUUGCGAGAUCUGGCUCGUAAUCAUAAUUUCAUAUUGUUCGAAGAUCGAAAAUUCGCCGACAUAGGUUUUACCGUUCAGAAACAAUAUACCGGAGGCUUAUUUCGAUUAUCCGAAUGGACCGAUUUGAUCAAUGCUCACAUAUUACCCGGACCGGCUAUAAUCGAAGCUCUCCGUCAAGAAGCUGUGGCCUCAUCACUUAAAGAUGGUCAAGCUCGUGGUUGCCUAUUAAUUUCUCACCUUAGUUCUGAAGGAAAUUUAGUACCUGCUGAUUACGCUCAAGAAGCAUACAAAAUGGCUAUAAAAAAUCCUGAUUUUAUUGUCGGUUUUAUUAGUCAGACUAAAGUAUCAUCCGACCCUGCUUUCAUUCAUAUGACGCCUGGUGUAAAAAUUGGAAAUGAAAAAGGUGACCAACUUGGUCAACAGUAUACAACGCCUGAAGAUGCCGUCCAGAAUAAAGGAGCUGAUUUGAUCAUUGUUGGUCGCGGUAUCAUAUCGAAAUUGAAUUCGUCCCGUGAGGAAUUCGAAACAAACAUUAUUUUAUACAAAAAGCGUGGUUAUGAUGCUUACAUUAAUCUUUGUCAAUAGAAAUCAAUAAUAACAAUAAUAAUAAUUUGUCAAUGAUAAUAAAUGUUUUUAUUGAAUAAA